AUGGCCAACUCGCGAGUAUUCAUCCACCCUUCCCCAGCCCAGGCCGCCCUCAGCGCCGCCAAACCGUGGACCCGGUCCGCAGGAAUCUGGGGUUUCGGUACUGGUGCUGCCGUCUUCCUGCUCCUCUCCGUGACGCCGCUCGUCCGCCGUGAGGUUCUCGAAAAGACUCCUGGUCUGAGCUGGUACUUCGAGGACAAGACCCCUGCCUCCGACAAGCCCUUCUGA